AUGAGCCACUGCCAGCUGCAACACUGCACUGCGGUGCACGGGCAAGGCAGGCACAGCGGAGUAGACAUUAACAUGGAACACCGAAGUGCUAUUGGUCUCUUUUUGUCGCUUGCAGUCCACUUGAAUCGUCCGGCGGCAGCACUCAACACCCGCCUUCCUAUCGGGCGCGGGGUACGAGGACUUCACACAACCGCAGCAGCGGACGCAGGCGAAUCGAGCAGUUAUAUCGUUGAUGUCGAUGCAAAUCUGUUGCAUGCCGACCUCUCCAACGACAUCGACCAUCACAUACAGAUAGCCUCUUCGGUUGGGGUGAAGCAAUUCGUGGUACCUGGGAGCACAGUGGAAGACAGCCGGGGCUCUUUGGAACUGGCGCGACGAAAACCCAAUGUUGUGUUCUCGACUGCUGGUGUCCAUCCAUACCACGUCCAGGGGUGCGGCUCGCUCGAGGAUGCCAUGGCGAGCAUCGCCACUCUCGCAGCAACUGAGGAAGCUCGUUGCGUGGGAGAAUGCGGUUUGGACUACUCAGAAGGCUUUCCCGCGGCCGAACUGCAGCUGCCGUGGUUUGAGAGACAGGUCGAGCUUGCGUGCAAGCUGAAGAAGCCACUUUUCCUUCACGAGCGUGCGGCAUUCGUCGAUUUUUCGGAGGUUCUACGGCGAUACGAUGCCUCGCAUGGUCUGCCUCCGUGCUUGGUGCAUUGUUUUACUGGAUCAGAGGAGGAGUUGACUGCGUACAUUGACAUGGGCUUCUUCGUGAGCGUGGCUGGGGGUAUCUGCAGGGAGAAGAGUGGGGCGGCACUUCGAGCAGCGGUGAAGCGAAUUCCGUUGGAUAGGCUUAUGGUUGAAACGGAUGCGCCUUAUCUGGGCUUCUCGGGGUGCCGAAAGGGACACGACAAACCAAAGAAACAGAAUCCGAACGUACCUUCCGCGCUACCAGCGGUGGUUCGGGUUUUGGCGGAAUGUCUUGGGCUACCGUUUGAGGAAGUUGCUCAGGCAACCCUACAGAACAGUCGACAGUUUUUCGGGAUGGCAACGCUUUAG